AUGUCAUUCCUUACAUCCAUCCGUGCCGGCUCCCGCCGAGCCAUGCAAACCAGCUACACUAUCCCCUCCACAUCCGCAUUCCACACCUCCGCAGUACAACGCACGCUGAAAGAAAGCGACAAGAACCGCGAUGAUCUGCCCAAUAUCUACGAAACCGAAAAAGAACGGCAACUGAAGAAUUCGAAGGAAGGAAAGGCCGCUUGGCAUUCCGAUCUGGCUAGUGACAGCGAGGCACAAGUCAAGGCGGAUCGAGGGGAAACUGGCGAGGAGGACAAGAGCUUCGAAGAAAUGCAGGAGAAGACGAAACACAUGCCUAACCGGAAGUAA